AUAAUGUUUCAGCUACUCAGCCGCGGAGUCUGGCUUUGUAUGCUCGCCGUAGGUCGCUCCGCGUGCUGCUAGUGCGCUUUUGUCCGAUUCUUGUGUCUCUUUCAAGCCCCGACGCACCAGUUUCCUGGUUUCAUCUACCUCUCUCUUUCCGCCCUCCGUUCUUUGCAACUCAGCAUGCAGAAAAAAAACGCCUCCCCACCCGGUUUCCUGCCUAGCUUCCAACAUUUCGCUACGCAGGCCAUCCAUGUGGGUCAGGAACCGGAGCAGUGGACCUCCCAGGCUGUAGUGCCCCCCAUCUCACUGUCAACCACUUUCAAGCAAGAAGCUCCAGGCCGACACUCGGGCUUUGAAUAUAGCCGAUCUGGAAACCCUACCCGGAAUUGCUUGGAGAAGGCUGUGGCAGCCCUGGAUGGGGCUAAGUACAGUUUGGCCUUUGCUUCAGGUUUAGCAGCCACUGUAACUAUUACCCACCUCUUAAAAGCAGGAGAUGAAAUUAUUUGUAUGGAUGAUGUAUAUGGAGGUACAAUGAGGUACUUCAGACAGGUGGCAUCUGAAUUUGGAUUAAAGAUUUCUUUUGUUGAUUGUUCCGAAACCAAAUUGCUAGAGGCAGCCAUUACACCAGAAACCAAGCUUGUUUGGAUUGAAACACCCACAAACCCUUGCUUGAAGAUGGCUGACAUUGAAGCCUGUGCACAUAUUGUCCAUAAAUAUGGAGAUAUUAUUUUGGUUGUGGAUAACACUUUUAUGUCGGCGUAUUUCCAGCGGCCUUUGGCUCUGGGAGCUGAUAUUUGUAUGUAUUCAGCAACAAAAUACAUGAAUGGCCACAGUGAUGUUGUAAUGGGCUUAGUAUCUGUUAAUUCUGAGCACUUGCAUGACAGGCUUCGUUUCUUACAAAAUUCUCUUGGAGCAGUUCCAUCUCCUGUUGACUGUUACCUCUGCAUCCGAGGUCUGAAGACUCUGCAAGUCCGCAUGGAGAAGCAUUUUGAAAAUGGAAUGGCAGUUGCUCAGUUUCUUGAAUCUAAUCCUUGGGUAGAAAAAGUUAUUUAUCCAGGGCUGCCCUCUCAUCCUCAGCAUGAGUUGGCAAAGCGUCAGUGUGCAGGUUGCCCAGGAAUGAUCACCUUUUAUAUUAAGGGCACUCUUCAGCAUGCUGAGAAUUUCCUCAAGAACCUGAAGUUAUUUACUCUGGCUGAGAGCUUGGGAGGAUACGAAAGUCUUGCUGAGCUUCCGGCAAUCAUGACCCAUGUGUCAGUGCCUAAGAGUGACAGAGAUGUCCUUGGAAUUAGUGACACACUGAUUCGUCUCUCUGUGGGCUUAGAGGAUAAACAAGACCUACUGGACGAUCUCGAUCAAGCAUUGAAGGCAGCACACCUUCCAAAUGCAAGUUGCAAUGAGCAUUCCUGAACUGCAAUAGAAGUUGUUUGCUAAGAAGAUGAAAUCUUCUGAAUAAUUGAAUGAACCAUUAAUGAAUUUUCAAGUGAAAAUUUUAAGGCACCUCAUUACCCUUCACAACUGUAACUUUCCAGGGAUCAUGCCUUUUAAAAACAGUUCCUUCCUUCCCUUACUGUAAUUGACAGGUCAAUUCUGUUAGUAUUUUUUUGUUAAUUUGGUGUGUUUGCCUCUGGAUGAGGUGAGAUUUGUGCUGCAUUUUUGGGAUUGUAUUUUUUUCAUACCUUAACAUUUAUAUUGAUCAUGUUUAUAAUAUAAUGGUAAUUCAUUUUUGACAUUUUCUGAAUAAUUUAAAUUAUUAAAUGAAUGUUCUUAAAUCAAGUGUGGUUUUUGCAUACUGUUGAAACCACUCAAAACAAUGGUUUACAUUUAAUUGCCAUAAGCCAAAAACCAAAUAUUUGAAAAAAUCCACUGUGAAAUCCUGAUUUAAGGUUGUACUUACUGGUUUAAAAAAAUAAAUAAAUAAAUCUAAUUAUCCAGUGCA